AUGGGUCCUGUCAUCUCGCUCUCUCUAGCCUGCAGGAAAGAGCAGCGGCCGCUCUCGCUCGACGCGACGGCCAUCAUGAAGGAGAAGAGUAAGAACGCCGCCCGCUCCAGGCGGGAGAAAGAGAACUCCGAGUUCCUGGAGCUGGCGAAGCUCCUCCCUCUGCCCUCCGCUAUCACAUCGCAGCUGGACAAGGCGUCUGUGAUACGGCUCACCACCAGCUACCUGAAGAUGAGACAGGUGUUCCCCGACGGUCUCGGGGACGCGUGGGGGGCCGCGCCACCGCCCCCACAGCCCCGCGAGCUCUCCAUCAGGGAGCUGGGCUCCCACCUGCUGCAGACCUUGGACGGGUUCAUCUUCGUGGUGGCGCCAGACGGCAAGAUCAUGUAUAUAAGCGAGACCGCCUCCGUACACCUUGGACUUAGUCAGGUAGAGUUGACCGGAAACUCCAUUUACGAGUACAUUCACCAAGCAGACCACGAGGAGAUGAGUGCGGUGCUCAGUCUGCAGCAUCCGCACUCGUAUCUCGGACACCAGUACUCCAGUUUGGGAUAUCCAGUGGGGGGCACGUGGGGGCCGACGGUGGACGUGGAGUGCGAGAGAGCCUUCUUCAUACGGAUGAAGUGCGUGUUGGCGAAGAGGAACGCGGGUCUCACCACUUCGGGGUACAAGGUGAUCCACUGCUCCGGCUACCUGCGCGCGCGGCGCUUCGGCGAGGCGACGGCGCCGCUGGGGCUGGUCGCCGUCGGCCACUCGCUGCCGCCGUCCGCCGUCACCGAGCUCAAGCUGCACUCCAACAUGUUCAUGUUCCGCGCCUCGCUCGACAUGCGCCUCAUAUUCCUCGACGCGAGAGUCCAAGGUUCAAUACCAAUGAAAUUCAUACGUGACAUGGGAACUAAACUGAAGCAAAUGAAAAAUGAAUACAUAAAUGAUGAGGCGUCAGUUUGGCCGACACGGGCCGUGUCGACGACAGUGGAGACGAGCGCGCCGCGUUUAUGGUUUCAUGGCAAUCAGAGGCGCGUUAAGGCAGCGGGGCCCGGCGAUUCAGUUUCGCGGAAACCGGGCACCAUGACGCCCGAGAGGCCACACGACGGCAUACGUGAAGCGGGUGGGCAGACAGACUGCAAACAAGUUUUGUUACAGGUCGAAACAAAUCUAAGACUGGAGCGCUAUGACAUAGGCAGACUG